AUGGAUAUUCGUCAGUACUACAGUAACAGAGCAAAUCAAGCUCAAGGACUACAUUCAGUACAUUACAGAAAUGAUAUGUACGUAAUACGUUUAUUACGAUGUGCUUUUUAUUUACUGUAUUUUCUCCUGAAAGUACACCUCCUUUGCUAUACUAAGGUCAAGAUAAUUUUCUGUUACAAGCCUUUAUUUCAUUAGAGCACAGCUGAUGGCACUACACAUGGCUUAUGAUUAUCUUAAGUUUUGGGCUACAUGUAGAAGGCAAUUUUUGUGUAAGGAUGAUAGGGCAAGUACUCUUUCCAAGCUACAUUUUCUUCCGCUUAAUUAAUGCUUAAAUCAUGCUUAGAUAUAUCCGGAGGCCCUCUGAUAAUUUUUAUUUUAACAGUACGAAUUGGGCUGUGAAAGGAAAGGCUCUGUGGCCGGCUUGUUUUGCAAGAACAUGUUCUCAUCCUGACGUCUUUACUUGGCUUCCAGUUAUGUGGCAUUUAGACAAAGAUAAACAAAGGGCUCUGGGGUUGUUUAUAAUGAACAGUUAACAAAGAAGCUAUUUGGGUGUUUCUAAAACGAAGACCCUGGGACUAAAACGAAGACCCCAUGGACUAAAUCGAAGACCCCCUGAACUAAAACCAAGACCCCUUGGACUAAAACGAAGACCCCCUGAACUAAAACGAAGACCCCUUGGACUAAAAUGA